AUGAACGGGCAGAACGGGGACGUCAUCGUCGACCCAAGGCAAGCACCAGCCCUCGAUGGAGCGCGGGACAGCGAGACAACACCGCUUCUCAACGGGCAGCCAAAAGCUGCUGCGGGAGAUGCUGAAGCACAGCCGCAUGAUGGCCCCUCAGAGAACCAGGAGCAGACCGUGCUGGCCGACGACGUCACCGGCCCGAAGCUGUGGCUCAUCCUCAGCGCCGCGUACGUGGGCGUCUUCCUGGGCGCCAUCGACUCGACCAUCAUAGCGACGCUGUCAGCGCCCAUCUCGAGCGAGUUCAAGUCGCUGAGCCUGCUGUCGUGGCUGGCCACCGCCUACCUGAUCGCCAAUGCUGCCUGCCAGCCCAUCUCGGGCAGGCUGACCGACAUCUUCGGCCGGGGCCCCGGGCUGGUGUUCAGCAACAUCUUCUUUGCGGCGGGGAACCUCAUCUGCGGCCUCGCCCAGACCGACACCGUCAUGAUCGUCGGCCGCGUGGUUGCGGGCAUCGGGGGCGGCGGGCUGAUGUCGAUCUCGACGUUCCUGGGCUCCGACCUGGUCCCUCUGAGGAAGAGGGGCAUCGUUCAGGGCAUGGGCAACAUUUGUUUCGGGUCUGGCGCAAUGCUUGGGGGAGUCUUUGGUGGCUUCAUCAACGACAACUCGUCGCGGGGGUGGAGGCUGGCAUUCCUCGUCCAGGUCCCCGUCAUCGUGGUGUCGGGCCUGCUCGUGUUCUUCCUGGUCAAGGUCCCACCCAAGGCAUCUAACAAGUCGUACAUAUCCCGCAUCGACUUUGUAGGAGCCUUCCUGACUGUUGCUUUCCUCGUGGUUCUGCUGCUGGGCCUGAACGCCGGGGGGAACUUGGUCGCUUGGACCGACCCUCUGGUCCUGACGACACUGCCGUUGGCAUUCGUCUUGCUCGUAGGCUUUGUCCUGUGGGAAAGCCGGGCUGCGCUGCCUAUUAUUCCAGUGCGCCUGCUUGUCAACCGGACCGUCCUCACAGCCUGUAUCACCAACCUCGUCUGUACAAUGGCAAACACGAUGUUGAUAUUCUAUAUACCACUCUAUCUUCAAGUCCUGGGCUACUCACCGACGGAGUCUGGCUAUAGGAUCUUCUUUGCCUCCCUAGGGGUCUCGAUAAGCUCCAUUGGCUGCGGUCUAAUCAUGAAGAGGACUGGCCGGUACCUGGGCCUCGGCACAACUGUCCUCGUGUCAUUCGUGGCGGGCAACAUCGUGUUCUCGACCCUCGACGCCAACAGCCCAAGCUGGGUGCCUUUUCCCGCCUUUGUGCUCACGGGCGCGGGCUACGGGGGCAUGCUUACAGUGACGCUCCUGGCUUGCAUUGCUGCGGUUGACCACUCUCAGCAGGCGGUUAUCACGUCUGCGACGUAUGCUUUCAGGUCCGUGGGAGCCACGCUUGGUGUUACCAUUGCCUCUACAGUGUACCAGAAUAUCCUGAAAUCGCGUCUCUGGGACCGAUUCGGGUCGCUGCCGGGGGCGGCGGAGGAGAUCAAGAGGAUUAGAGAUGACCUGGGCGAGCUGAAGCAUCUCCCCGAUGGCUGGAAGGACGGCGUCAUCGCAUCGUUCAUGGAGGCCUUCAGGGGCGUGUGGCUGACGGGGCUGGGCCUUGCAUUGGUGGGAUUGAUAUGCGUCUCGCUGAUGAGGCAGCAUACUUUGCACUCGAACCUGGCAAGGAGGGAGGACUAG